AUGGAGGUAGCAAACGGAAAUGCCACAGCUGCGGCGCCGGCAGUGCUGGCUCCUACCCCAGCUCCUGCACAGAAUGGCGAGCGUUCGGACCCAGGCGGCUACAAGCUCAAGUUCUGCACCGUCUGCGCCAGUAAUCAGAACAGGUCGAUGGAAGCUCACCUGCAACUAUCCAGAGCGCACUAUCCCGUCAUCUCCUUUGGCACCGGUUCGCUGGUCCGACUGCCUGGCCCAACCAUUACCCAGCCCAAUGUCUACCAGUUCAACAAGACUUCCUAUGACAGCAUGUUCAAGGAGCUGCAACAAAAGGACGAGGAUCUCUAUACCCGCAACGGUCUUCUCAACAUGCUAAACAGGAACCGCGGCGUCAAGUGGGGGCCCGAACGUUGGCAGGACUGGCAAGUGGGCAUCCCGCGCCUCAAUCACGCCACGGACCGGGGCAGCGACGGUACCGAAGGGGGCGUCGCUGACAUUGUCUUCACUUGCGAGGAGCGCUGCUGGGAUGCCGUCAUCGACGACCUGCACAACCGCGGGGCCCCGCUGAACCGCCCCGUCCAUGUCAUCAACAUUGACAUCAAGGACAACCACGAGGAAGCCUCUAUUGGAGGACGUGGUAUCCUGGAUUUGGCAGAUUCCUUGAACAACUGUGCCAAGGAGGAGCGCGAGGCGGUCGGCUCGGCCGUCUUCGACAUGGCCACUGCCGCAAGCCGAGCCUCUUUUGACGAGCGGGUGCCCGAAGUCAUUGGUGACUGGCAGGAGAGGUGGCCCAACCUCCCGGCCACCUGGACGCUCGCCUGGUUUUGA